AUGAAGACUCCUACGACGAGGAGGAGGAGCUGGAGUUCGCAAGACAGCAAGAAGAGCAAGCCAAACGAGAACUGGAGCAAUAACCGGAGCCUCGAAAGCGUGGAGGACGACAGCCCCAAGCAAAGCCCGCCGCCAAAGAACAAGACAAUAGUUCACCCUGCACCAAGCCACGACGGCUCCACCGCCUUUGUCGUCUACGAGGCCACAGAAACGGUCGCCAACGACGAUGAGGCCGGUCUCACAACCACCCGACCCCCGUACGCGUUUGUAAUUUAUGACACCACCCCAGAGGCUCUCCGUCCCGGUCGUACCGCCGAGUUAGUGCAGGAGAUUUUUGAGCGUACAUACGAAGAGCGUCGCGGCAACGACUUAUUGCCAAACCGGAUUGAAGUUGUCGCUGUGCCUAUGCCCCAGCCUUCCCCAUCAGAUAUCUGGGACUCUGAGAAGCAGUGGAAGUUUCGGAUGAACCCUAAGCCUAUCGAAUCUCGUGGAGACGGCGGCAGGUUCGAUUGUGUCUUCCCUUGGUUUAUUAACCGCGUGAGGGCCUGUGUACUGCAUUAUGAGGCUGAGCUGAAAAGCCGUCUUGCUAUUAAAGAUAAGGUGGUAGCUAAGUCAUGGUACCUGCCUGAGAGGAUUAAUGAUGGGGCGUAUGCACGAGGUAUUUUUCUAAUUACCCAGCUUAAGGAGGACGUAGAUGAUGGCGGAUAUGGGAAGCUACAAAGCUGGAAGGACGCGCUUGGUUGGACUAAAAGGGUUCCGUCUGAAGACUGGAACUUUAUGACUGAUGAGCGAGCCGACCGUAGUAUCUACGGCGGCCUGUUACAGGUGCUCUUUCAGCCACGUGAGGAGAGGUGGGAGUACGUGGCAGGUGUGCCAUGA